UUUACAUUCGAUCUUGCAACCUGACAUAGAAGGAUAUGUUCUAAAUAUAUAGCUUAAUUUUACAAAAAGUGUGUCCAUGUGUGUGUUUGUUAUGUAAAUAUUAGUUAGGAAGUAAAUACAUAUAUCCGAGUGUAUUACGUCCGAAGGUGUAGGCGACUGGUAAAGAACUAAGAAAAGCAGAUCACUUAGUUAUAUCACUAGAAUGGCGAGUAAAAUGAAGAGCAAGUUGACGGAGGCAGAAAUGGAUGUUUUGGAGAUUAUGAUCGGGUCCGGUCCGAAGACAUUCACGUUGCUGUACAGCAUCACGCGCGACGGCUGUAACGCGACGACGUUCCACCAGAAGUGUGACAACCAGGGUGCCACCCUUACUGUCCUGUACAACCCGCAGGGGUCCGUCUACGGCGGAUACGCCGGCUUUAACUGGCCAGGUCCUGGAGUGUGGGCAAAUGAUUCGAAGUCGUUUUUGUUCCAACUGAAGUUUUCCGGAAAGAAAAAGGAAAGGCGGUUCAAUAACAAAAAUUUUACUUAUUCCUAUUAUGGCAGUAAUAAUCACGGACCAUACUUUGGUAAUGGAGACUUAAUUACAUUCAGCGGAACGAUAAAUCCAUCGAAAGGCGUAUUCGUUCUGAACGGCAGUUCGGCCUCUGCCACGUACGACAUCCACGGAUUGCAAGCAGAUGAUAUCACGAAUGGGAACCUGAAUGUCACGGAACUAGAAGUAUACAAAGUCACAGAUGGUGCCAGGCGAAUUGUUCUUACAAAACCGUGGCGACGUACACCUGACUGGAAUGAAAAGUUUCUCUGUGAACUAACCAAGGAAAUGGAGAACAUGUCACCGGUGAUUGAGACACUGAACGCUUACCGCAUCCUGCUGCUUGGCCCUGUGGGUUCCGGAAAGUCAAGUUUCUGCAACACCUUGACUUCCGUCUUCCGUGGAAGGAUCACGCAGAGGGCCAUAUGUGGAUCGGGAAAUCGCAGCACAACCACACUGUACCAGCCGUAUAAUAUAAGGACAAGACAAGGCUCAGACCUUAAAAUGUUAAUUUGCGACACUCGAGGAUUAGAAGAACACCCCGGCAUUGGCCCGAUUGACGUCAACUUCCUGGUGGACGGGCAUGUACCAGACAUGUACGAGUUUAAUCCUGAAAUACCUAUUGACUUAUCAGUGCCAGAGUUCCAGCUUAAGCCAUCCCUGUCCCAGAAAGUACACUGUGUUGCAUUCACUUUAGACGCCGCCUCCCUGGACGACAUUCCCAGCAAUGUCAUGACAAAGAUCAUUGACAUAGCGAAUAUUUGCAAAAGAAAACAAAUACCACAAGCUAUUCUCCUCACUAAGAUUGACACAAUUGAUGAAACUGUGGACGGAAGUGUGAAACAAACCUUCGAUAGCUGGAAAAUUCACGAGCAUGUAAAAAAAGCAUCCAAACUUCUCGGACUUACGGAGAACCUCGUACUUCCGGUAAAGAACUACAGCUCGGAGUCGAUGGUUGACGAUGACGUUAACAUUCUUGCUCUUCUCGCUCUCCGACAGAUAGUGUACUUUGUCGAGGAUCACCUGGAAAACGUCCAUAUGACCGAGAGCAUAUCGGUUAGGCGCAUGCAGACGGCAAACUCCGAUUCAGGAAAUCGCACUGACUCAGGCGGUUUGGAUUCGGCGUCCGAAACCAUAUAAAGCUGUAAUGUAACAGGAAUAAACUAAAAGGAUUAUGAGAAACACUUAAUAAUUAAUUACCUUUUUAUUAUUGUUGAUAUGCUGUGUUUUAUUAUGAGAUUUAAACAUUUAAAAUAUAUUCAAUGUCAGACAAUAGCGUGUGACAGAUUUAAUAUUCCAUUUAUAUGAAUAUAUAUCAGAAUAUUAUAAUAAGUAGCAUAAACGUUUUCUACGCUGUCAUUAUGUGUGACUGUUUGAUUUGUAUAGGCCUUGCUGUUCUAGUAAUUCAGAGGAAGUAAGUGAUACAAUAUUUACUACACCCAAAAUGUAUAUCUUGAGUGAUGACGAUAUAGUAUAUCGCUGGAGCUAUAGUCUCCUUAAUCAGUGGCGGUCACAAUAGCCAUGAGGCACGACACCGCGAGCACAUGCAUCUGUAUCUAACUAGCGUCACAAAUUUUAAAAAAAAACAGU